UAGUUCUCCAGUUUGCAUCGGAACGCGGCUGAGCAACGACUUGCUGCACCACCGCGCACCGUGGAUGUUCGCGGUUUGCUCUAUCCAGCUUCAACGCUCGCGCGCACGUUAUUUGUGUCGGUCGAUAAUGCGAACUUAGCACAACAAUAAGCACGGUCUCGUCGUUGGGUGACUCAUGCAGUGGCGCGUAGCGCGGUUUCGCGAUUAUCAUCCGUCACCUGUGUAUGGAUGGGUUUAUCGCACGCGGGGAACAUCGACAGCGGACGUACGUCACCUAGAUAUUUCGCUACAGCUGACAGUUGUGUACACAUCGGGACCAAUUAUAUGCGUUCUUGGGUGGAGUUGGUUUCGGAAAGUGUGUGGAUAGAAGAGAAGCAAAUGCAGAGGGGUGAGCUCUGCAUGGUGUUUUUGAAGAUAGUAGCAAUUAUGAGCUUCCUGGAUCAAGUUAAUAAUUAAGGAUCCUAUGUGCAGUGCAGAAAAAAGUUCCCAAUUUAAUUAGUGUUCAUCAGUGCUAUUGUGGGAAUAGAUAGAGUGCAGAUUCUUGGUGUUAAUCCAACCGGGGCAUCCCAAGACUCUGCCGCGGAGGACGACAGCUCACAGCAUAUGAAUUCUUUCGCAGAGUUCGAGCGCUUCGUAGUGGGCAGACCGAGCGCCAGGCAACCGAAGGGAAAAGUUCAUUCAAGCUGGUGCCGCAGCUUCGUUCCCAUAAAAGUUCCCACCUCAUCUUGAUGCCGACACCGCGAGCAGCCAGUCCGCCACCUUCAAGCCUUCCGACCACGUAGCAGGUCGGCGGCUCCCUAUGGGCAAGUGCGCCUCAAAACAGCCGGUUUCUGGACUCAAUGAAUUUGGAAGCUCCCCGUACCUGGCCAUCUGCAACGACGAUGACAUCAUCUUCAUCAAUGUGGGUCAAUCGGAAAGUAAGAAAUCGUCCAAGAAGGCGGCCGGCCUUGAGACCAAGGGCACGGCCAUGUCCUUUGGAUUUAAAAAGCACAAAAUACAUCAGUCGAGCACGGGCGGCGGCAAACUGCCCCUGGCGAUCGGCGAUGGCACGGGACCAGGUUCAGGAACCGGUACACUCAAGAAACCAACACAGACGAGCGCAGCUUCCAACAACGGAAACCAUCUGUACGGUGGGCUGGAGAAGGAGAAAGCGACGGAAAGGGACAACGCUACAGUGAUCUCCAAUCCUGGAGUUGAUGGCAUUUUUAGCGAUAAGAACGGUAAUAUGGGUUCGGUAGACGCAGCAGCAGAUGAUGGCACAACUAAGGCGACGGGUCGUUCAACACCCCGACUUCAGCCGCCCAAGAAGGAUUCACACGGUGCGCCGUAUCGUAACAAUCGGUUCGGUUUCCGCUCAACCAACGUGGUCCGGCCGGCAUCAGCUGGUCUCCAGCCGAAAACAAUUACCGACUAUGACAAACAACAUUCCAACAACAACAAUAACAUUCACACCACAAAUAAUAACAACGUCUACAUCACGGACAAACGCCGUUCGAAGAGUGCAUCGGCGGCGGCAGCAUCACGCACAACGUUCACACCGCUGCAGCAGGCCCCCUCGCACGCCCAGCAGGAGCGAUCGUCGGCUCUGCAACAUGCGGGCGGUUUCGGUGCUGCACUUCACAAGCCGCUACCGAAAUAUCAAUCGGCGCAUGGCACGACCAAAAUAGCUCCAUCAGAAUCGGGCACGCAACAAGUGAUGACGAAAUUCGAUCAAGCAGAGCAUAAAAUACCGGCGACGACGAACGGAAGUGCCGAUGAGCAGCGAUCACAGUCAAGCGUAAAUAAUGCCAACGGCCGGCAGUGUGUCUCUGUGAACGACUCCAACCAGCAGCAGCAGCAACAACAUGCCACAACUAAUUCGCUAACAAAACAGGAACCUGCUUCAUCGGUGACCAAGUUCACCCUCCACAGCUCUAGCCUUCCAAAGCCGCAAUAUCCGGUCCCGAUCAGCCUUCCCUCAGCUGCUCCUCGCUAUGUCAUGGACCCGAAGGGUGCCAAACAAGCCGCAAACGUAAGCCGCAAGGGAACGCUCAACCAGUAUCAACGGGAACUAUCUUCCGAACGUUCGCAUGAUCUCGAUUUUUAUCAAUCAAACACCGAUUCGGACACCACGUCCAACAGCCGGAUGCCUCGCCAACGCUACCGCAAUCUGGAAAUGGUCCUAAACGGACGUCACAAGUUCGAAGUACGGGAUCUGGAAACGCUCACCGCUGAACCGAUCGUAUCACUUGCACUUCCAAAACUUCCAAGUGCAUUCAACAGCAUCGGACCGCAACAGCAGCCAGUCCCUCUGAGUGGACUGGUUCGAUCGUCCGAGCUUCCAAGGCAACUGAGCGAUGACAUCGAUAUCAACGACAAUCGAUAUGAAUCAUCAGAAGGCGGUGAUCCACUGGAAGUCCUCGAACGUAAGGAUUCGCUUGCUUCCUCGGAUGUCGAUAGUUUCGAAGAGGAAAAGCUGGCACGUGAUAACAAUUCGUCGGAGAAAAGUCUGAAGGGUGCGAUCAUUAAGGAUAUGGUGCAGUCGCAGUACAGCAAGACGUCAUCGCCGGGAAGCUCGAGGGCUUCGUGGUGCAAUGCCGGUGAAACCAUGGCCGCCAAAGAGUGCAGCAGUUUGAGCUUCAGUAGCAGCGAUGAAGGCAGCAAUGCUAGAGCCGCCGGAGGAUUUCGGUUGUCGGUGGAUGAGCAGGAGGACAUCAGCUCGGUUACCAUCACCGCCGGAAAUCCGUCGUUGUUGUCAUCAUUCUCCGCUGCUGUCCCCAUGGACAUCUCCACCAACUUGGACAGCGUAUCCGAAGUGCAGAACAGUUUCAACGAAAAUACUCUCUCUGAUCAACCUGACAGUAACAAAAUCUUCCGUUCGGAGGAAUUCAAAUUCGCAGAAAUGGCAGCAGCUGUUGGCGAUGCCAUUUUACUCGAUGACGAAACAUCCCCAACUGAUAGCUUGGUCAGCAGCUGCACCGAAUCGGAUGAUGCCCGGAAGCAUCGCAAGAAAGCUGUAGAAGGCAAGCAAGAACGUGAAAAGGAGAAGGACAUCGACGAGAUCUCCCCAGAACUAGAGGAUAUCGCCAGUCCCGUUACUCCGGGAACUCCAACGCAUGCUUCAAACUCUCUGUCUCUUUCGGAUGGAGGGCGAGAUUUCCUGAUCGACGAUGAGAUCGCCGAUCAACCGGCUCUGGUAUUCGAUGAACCAGGCCUCAACGACAGCAGCAUGAUUGACCUGGCGUCAAUCAAUUUGCACAUCAAUGAAGAUACUCCCACGCUCAGAGAUUCCGUUUCUUCGUUGAACAACAAUAGGUCACUUUCGAAAGGCGGUGCGCCGGUGCCCAAGCCCAGAAAAAUUAUGGCCGAAACCUACGAAUCCCCGGCCCCAAUUCGGAAGAACCGAACUCGAUUGUCCCGCGCUGAAUCGCUGGAUACUUUGUCGCCAUGUGACUCCAUCGCAUCGGAUGACUACAUGCUGGACUUCAACAGCAGCAUGGAUUCGAUCGAUAGACCGCCCCGUUCGAAUGCAAGUGGAAGCGCCUCGGCGUUACAUUCGAUGGACGAGCUGCAGCUUUGGUCGGAGUUGGAGAACAAAGGCGGUCAGCUUAUGCACGAGUGGAGCAAACUGUUGCGUUCACAGCGAAACAGCAACAACAACACCAGCCGGGAGAGCAUAACAUCUCAACUCCCGGCCCGGGCGACCCGACUGCUCACCCGACGUCUCCAGAACAAUGCCACCCCAACGAACUGUGGCACCGGUGGUUCGGACAGUCCCCGAUCGAUGGAUAGCCAUAGCCUGCCGCGGCGAACGGGUCUAUCCGCGUCGUACAAAACCGCCACGCUGAACCAGUUCAACAACAACAAUAGCAUCGCGGACGCCACUGUUUCGACGGCCACCAGUUCGGCCGAGGAUCUCACCCUGCUGGACAAGUCACUGCGCAUCUCGAUGCUGCAGGACGUUGUACACUUCAAGAAGCAGCUGGUCCGACUCCGGCGGAUCCUGCAGGAGGAUGAAGAAAAUUUGAUGAUGACCGAUACUCUCAACCCAUUUGAGAAUAAUAAUGGGCAAUUCUUCACUACUGCUACUACAACAACCACACCGACGGUGAGCUCAACGGAGGCCAACAAUGGGGAGAUGAUGGACGCCACCAGCGUCGUGGACAGUAAGCAACAGGAAAAUACCCUGAUCAAGGAGUCCGGCGUGGUGGCCCUGGCGCUUCUGGAGGAUCAACGGCAGGAGCUGGCGGAUCUCAGAAGACAGGUGGUUUACCUUCAGGGCGAGAUCACAGCCAAGAACCGUACCAUCCGGCAGCAGCAGAACCUGAUUGAAAAGUACGAAGCCGAACGGGAGAAGCUACAGGCAGGCCUAUCGGUUGCCUCGAACGGGACCGCUGGAAACGGCCCGGAUGACAAGACUAUUGACACAAUCAGCACCGCCACCCAGACGGAGAGGUUGAGGCCCUUAUCGUUUGGCGGACAGGAAGGAUUAGCGAGUCGAAGUGAGCCGUCUACGCCUCAACAAGCGCCUACCAUACGCAAUGGCCUCAGAUCUCCAGCGAUUACCAACAGCAGUCACCACCAUCCCAACGCUAAUGGUGGCAACAACCACAGCACAACAUCAUCAUCCUCUCUCAUCAACAGCAGCCGUGGAUCGGUGAACCACAAGCCAAAAACUCAAAUCUCAUCCGUGUACACUCAGCUCUCAUCGAUCAAGCACUCCAACCAUCAUCAUCAUCACCACCACCAUCAUCAUCAUGGCGGCAUGGGCCAAAAGCGGUCUUCCCUCGGAUCAACUGGUAAUCUGAACCACAUUGCAUCCGCACCAUCAUCUCCAUCGACUAACACCACCACCAACGGUUCCUCCAUGAAAACCGUUCGCACCACUCUCAUCGGCAACGUGCUGACCUCUGGCAAACUCAAUCAAAGCAACAGCAGCGGCUCAUCGCCUCCUUCGUCGCCGCCAGCCAAUGGUACAAAAUUGCUCAAAACCUCAAUCCGCACCCAGCUGAACGGUGGAAACGGACUCAUCACUUCAGCCAAGCUGAACACCCCCUCGCCGUCCAACAAGCGAACGUCCGCCAUCAAGCCGCCAUCUUCUUUCACGACCAGCAGCUUCCCGGCGGCGGCGGCGAUGGCAGCGGACUCACCUCUUGCGCACAAAUCCAAGUCGGCGCCGGUAACUCCGAUGGCCGAACGUGUUCCAACGACACCCCCCUCACCAUCAUCACCCUUGGCAACGACGCCCAACGUGCAGAUUGUUAUCGACGCCGUCGCAGCGGAGGAGGAGCCAGUGCACGAACAACAACAAAAUGGCGACAGCUCCUCCCUGAGUGCCGAAGACGUCAACGAUAGCAACAACAACAACAGCAGCAGCAACGGCAAUGGAAAGCAUGAUGACGAUGAUGAAAAAGAGCAACUCGCCGAAACGGAAAAGGAAGCUAUCAACAAUAAGAUCAAUAGUCUUAAACUAGCAAACGGAUUGACUGGAUGUAAUGAUAGUAGCUGUAAGGAAAGUAGCUUAGUUAUCUAGUUUCUUAAGAGAAUGAUUAUUUAUAUAUUUAAAUAAAAUCAUUGAAAAAGAAAACAAACUUGUAACAAACCUAUAAAUGAAUGUGAUCUAAUAACCUUUAAAUUAUGGAACAAAGUAUCUAUUCAAAGACAGCGCUCAUAGAGGCUUGCAUCAAAAACAUAACCUCAUCAAAUUCUCAUACGAUUUGUAAACAUUGCCCUCAAAUUUUUUUUGAGGGCAAGGACGGCUUUAUGGACCGACGCCGAAGGAAAGAAAGAGAAGGAGACAGUGAUGACGUCAGCGUGCAAGCGCUCAUUAUCACUCUCUGAUAGCCACCAUGCAAAUCUAUAAUCAACAAGUGAAACAUUGAAUUUCUGCGCAUGUAACUGAAAUAUAUACUCAAAAACUGCUUUUUUUGAAUCAAUAAACCAAGUAUCCUGUCCAUUUACUCCUGAUAAAAAACAGAAUAUAACACUUUUGAGCCAACAUGUAUUAUGAGAAAGCUGUAGAAUAGACACAAGCAAGCGCGUGUUUCGAUUUGAACUAGUGCUUUCAUAUUUGUAGUCGAAGUGAUUUAUUUUUUUUUUUAAUUUGAAGAGAGGUGCUGUAAAGAUGCUAGGAUAAAUAUUGAAAACCCAACAUGUUGAAUUAUUUACCCCCAAUCCUUCCUAAAAGUUUUGUGCAAUCGAUUCAUACAUCCAGUUUCGUUUUACUUUUAAACGAAUCGCUGAGUAAGUUUUAAUUUUAUUUAGAACGGUUAAACUACUUAAUUUAGAAAAAGUUAAGGUGACAUUCCCAAACGAGUGGAAGUCAACAAUCGAAUAGCGAAUAUUAUUACGUAAUCACACAAACACAGAAGAAAUAAGUUUCUAAAUCAAUCUCUGCAAAUUUCCUUACAGAACAAGAGCAUUCACGAGAAACGUCGAUUCUUUCAAAAUUGCCUAUCGAGAUGCAAAAAAGAGUACAGUUCUCGUUCGAUAAGUAUUAUACGCGGUCGCGGACGGUUUUGGUAUGCCUAAAAGUCAACCAUUUGGAAUCGUUUUUGAGCAUGGAUAAAAAAAGAAAGAAAACAGAAAAUGAAAAUUGUAAAUCAUAUACAUUUAUUGCCAAAUCUUUGCUCUGAAUUAAAUUCAUACAAACUCACAAGCUCUUAUUCACAUUCUCAUCCCGUUUAAAUUCCCUUGUUACGAUGGAAAAGGCAUGACUGCAAGCAUAAGUGAAAAGCAACAAAAUUCACGAUUCAAAAUACAGGAGAACGGAAAUUUGAAGGAAAGCAUAGAGAGCGAAAAUAAAGUCAUUUGGUAACACGAAUGUAAUACGUUCAGUACUGUGAAUUUAUUGGUAAAAUAUAUAUAUUUCAAAUACAUA